AUGCAACUAUGCACAUCAUUAAUAGAUGGGAUUUCACCACUUGAAGAUCUCUUCGCUCACAGUGUUCUGGGAGUAUUUGUGUGGGUCAUAGCUUGUGUUACAUGUUUUGGAAAUCUUGUCACCAGAAGGAGAACAUUUAUCAAAGCAGAAAAGGAGAUGCAUGCCAUGUCUAUCAAAAUUUUCUAAAUAUGUGCUGAUUGUCUUACGGGGGUGUAUUUGUUCUUAACUGGAAAUUUUGAUGUUAAAUACCAUGGACAGUAUAAAAAAUAUGUUGUGCUGUGGAUGGAAGGUUUACCAUGCCAUAACAUAGGGUUCAUUGCCAUGCUGUCUACAGAGGUCUCAGUCCUGUUCUUGACGUAUCUGACCUUGGAAAAGUAUUUAGUGAUUGUCUUUCCCUUCAGUAAUAUCCAUCCUGGAAAGCAGCAGACAGUCUGUCUUCUUAUAUCCAUAUGGAUUGCUGGGUUUGUCAUAGCAAUAAUCCCAUUCUAGGAUGAGGACUUUUUUAGAAAUGAUUAUGGGAAAAACUGUGUUUGUUUCCCAUUGAAUUCUGAUCAAAGAGAAGAAAUUGGAGGCAAUGGGUAUUCCCUUGGUAUUUUUCUUGGUGUGAACCUGCCAGCCUCCAUCACCACAAUGUUCUCAUACAUCAGCAUGCUUCGCUCUGUUCAGAAAACUGCCCUUCAGGCAUCAGAAGUAAGGAGUCACGUUCGCAGGGAUGCUGCUGCUGCCAAUCGAUAUUUUUUUAUAGUAUUCACCGAUGCCAUCUGCUGGAUUCCUGUCUUUGUCAUUGCAAUCUUCUCCUUAUUCCAGGUGGAAAUUCCAGACACUGUCCCUUCCUGGACAGUGAUAUUUGUUCUGCCAAUACACAGUGCCUUGAACCCCAUUCUCUAUACUCUCACAAUUAGUUUCUUUAAAGAAAAGUUGAAGCAGUCACUGGACAGCCAUUGA